AACACAGACGGUUGAGGAAGUUUGGUAUGGGCUGCCAUAUCCUAAGAACUUUCUACAGGGGCACAAUUGAGAGCAUCCUGACUGGCUGCAUCACUGCCUGGUAUGGGAACUGUACCUCCCUUAAUCGCAGGAUUCUGCAGAGAGUGGUGCGGACAGCCUAGCGUAUCUGUAGAUGUGAACUUUCCACUAUUCAGGACAUUUACAAAGACAGAUCGAUGACAGUCUCACAAAUCCUCUUUAGAACCAGCAUGGAGGCUGGCAUGUUGGGCUGUUGACGAGGGCAUGGGACUCGUUUUAUUAUUAAUCAUUUCCAAGCAGCAUCAGAUAGGAAGCAUCAAUAAACGAAAGUCAACCUACAGUAAGAGUGCACGGAAGGUCACUGCAUCUUGGUAAUUCGGUACUGUGAAAAUGUCUGAGAAAGGCACACUGAGACAAGAGGAUUCAGAAGAUGCUGGAAAUGAGCAAAACACCGAGAUUACUCCAUCCUGCCGGGUAACAUGCAUCAUUAACACUGAGAGCUUGGAAGUGGAGGAAAAAGAGAAGGGGAAAGAAGAUAAAUCAAAUGAGACAAAGACAGAUCACCAGAAACGAAUGGGGCAGCAAAAGAAAAGAGGAAAGUCAGGGGCCAAAGGUAAACUUGUGAGAAGUCUAGCAGUUUGUGAAGAAUCUAGCCUGCCUCUACCAUCAGCAGAAGCCACAACAGAGAAUCAGGAUUCCGUUCAUCUACAGCUCAGCCGCACAUCAAGCUUUCAAGAUGAGGACAAAAAUAACAAAGAAGAAUUUGAAAAGGAUAAAAACAAAGAUAAAACCAGUGAAAAACCUAAAAUCAAAAUGCUGUCUAAAGAUUGCAGUCAAGAGUAUACAGACUCCACGGGGAUAGAUUUGCAUGAAUUUCUUAUUAAUACAUUAAAGAACAAUCCAAGGGACAGAGUGAUGCUUUUAAAAAUGGAACAGGAACUAAUAGAUUUUAUCAGUGAUAACAAUAAUCACUAUCAGAAAUUCCCUCCAAUGUCGUCAUAUCAUCGGAUGUUGGUGCACAGAGUAUCCGCGUAUUUUGGAAUGGAUCACAAUGUUGAUCAGACUGGAAAAUGUGUUAUAAUCAACAAAACAAGCAAUACUAGAAUACCAGAGCAAAGGUUCUCUGAGCACAUCAAAGAUGAGAAGACAGAUGACUCCCAGAAAAGGUUCAUUUUAAAGCGAGACAAUUCCAGUAUGGAUAAAGAUGACAAUCAGGAAAUGUUUAUCUUGCAGCAAAAUAGGAUUCAUCCAUUUAGAGAUGAUAGAAGAAGUAAAUCAAUUGAGGAGAGAGAAGAGGAGUAUCAUCGAGUAAGAGAGAGAAUUUUUGCACAAGAUUUGACCUGUUCCCAGGACAGUCUAUACGUGGAAAACGGCCGAAUUCUGGAUGAUAUCAACACAUUCAACGACACGCAGAAGAAGAGGCAACUGUUCAGAGACGGAACAGGGAAAACGUCCAGUAGUCGGCAGAGCAGCACUGAGGCUGACGCAAAGUGGACUGAUCAGCGGCCCUGGAGUAGUACAGAUUCUGACAGCUCCAAUCGAAACCUGAAGCCUCCCGUAACAAAGACAGCAAGUAUUGGCGGCAUAACAGUGCUGACUCGUGGUGACAGCACAAGCAGUAACAGGAGUGUGGGCAAGCUCUCUAAAACAGGUAGUUCGGAGUCUUCCAGUAGUGCUGGCUCGUCAGGUUCUCUAUCGAGGAGCCAUCAGCCAUUGCACAGUGCAAACGUUAUCCCGGUGUCAGUCAGCUCCACCGGGUCCAUCUCCUACCCAGAUGGUGGAAUGGGUGGACAGGUGGCAUCUCCCAACACAAGCUACAUCCUCCUUCCUCUGGAAGCCACCGGUAUACCACCUGGCAGCCUGCUGUUAAACCCACACACAGGCCAACCCUUUGUGAAUCCUGACGGGACGCCAGCUAUUUACAACCCUCCCACUCUCCCACAGUCAGUUCGAGGCCAACUUCCUGGGCAGACUCAGCAACAACCCACUCCACAGACCCAGCCACAGCAGCAGAUACCCAGUCAUCUCGUUCCACAGCCUGUGCAAGCAAUGCAGUCUUCUUCUCAGACGGGACAGUAUCCAGCCGCUUCUUAUCCUUCCCAACACCUACUGCCUGUUUCACCCACGCAGCAGUUUCCUGUGCGAGAAGAUUUGGCCUCCCAGUUUAACCAGAUGAGUUUAAGCAGGCAGUCGUCGGGAGAUACCGCUGAGCCGCCAUCUGGUUCUGUCUACCCGCCACCCAUUUUGCCUCAGGCACCCCAGCAAGCCAACUACGUGAUGACGUCACCAAGUCAGCUUACCCCAGGUAGUUUUACUGGAUCCGGACAGCCCAUGUCCCAGCAAGUACUUCAGCCGCCACAGGGAUUUAUACAGCAACCGUCUGCCCAGAUGCCGGUGUAUUAUUGCCCUUCUGGCCAGUACACUACCUCAGCAACCCAACAGUUCAGGCCUGUCGCUACGGUUCAAUACAACGCAGCGCGAAGCCAGCAGAUGCCACAGACCACACAACCAUCAGGUUUCCAGCCGGUCUUGCCGAAUCAGCAGCAAAGUUUCCAGGGCCUGGUGGGAGUGCAACAACCUGCCCAGAGCCAGAACCUGCUGAAUGGCCAGCAGGGAGGUCAGGUGUCGGGGGUGAUGGUCCAGUACCCAGCCAUGUCUUCUUACCAAGUGCCGAUGACUCAGAGUUCUCAAGGGAUGUCUCAACAAUCAUACCCACAGACAAUCGUACUGUCCAAUCAGUCAGGUCAAGGAACACUUCCAGCUACUGGAAUGUCUGUCUACUGCAAUGUAAUACCUCCUUCUCCUCAAAACAACCUGAGGUUGGUCACACCCCACUGCCCUGCCAGUAACAUACCAGUACUCCCUGCUAACUGCAGGGCAAACUGUACAAACAUCAGCAGCACCGGAUGGCAGGUUAAAUACUGAAACAGUGUGGUAGGAUAUCAAAGACAAAAGCAUUUAUGGACAUGGUAACUUGAAAAAAAAAAGAAUAUUUGGAACAUCAUUCGAGGAACUAGAAUUUAAAUUCUCAGUAAAUCACUGCUGGUACUGUUUAAAAAGUAAAGUUAUAUUUAAAAAAAAUGUUGGUUACUGGUGCAGCGUAGUCAUGUCCUUGCUAGGUAUGCCUUUGUAGCGUAGCGAAAUGACAUGGAAUAUCUGGGAUAAGAUGUCUCCUACUGGUGGGUGCCACUGUGUAGAUUGUAAUAUCCCGAUACUGAUUAGUUUUGUACUUCGUGUUGAGUUUGUGAAGCUGAAAAGUAUUAAAUUAAUUAUAUUAAAAUAUACAUUGUACCAAAGCUGAAAGAGAAGGAAUUGCUGAAUGGAAGGGAUAAUUUAUAGAUAUUAUAGAGUUUUUUAAAUGGAUAUAUACUGUAUUGUAGUGCUUAUUCACAAUAAAACUAUUUGACCUCAUGGAUAAAGGUCACAUUUCUACCAUGUGAUUGGUUUUCUCUCUUGACAGUUCAAUUAGUUAAGUGACAGUUCUUAAGUGUUUUUGACAGGAGUUCAAAUGUUGUUCGGAAGCCAGCUGCUAAUUCAUUUUUUUGCACUGAAGUUGCAGCCAUUAAUGAAGUAAGACUCUUAUGUUUAUUUGCAUAUUUAUUAUUGUACAGUAAAAUACAUGUUUCCUCAUCCUAAACCAACCGUUAAUCAGAAUAAUCAUUUGCAAGUUUAGGUAAAUAGCUUGCUUUUCUCCACCUUUGACACAUCAGUAGAUAAACCUUAAAUUUAAUGACCCUCCCCAGAUUCCAUCUAUAUAAGAAAGCUAUUGACAAGGAUGUUAAUUCCGUAGAUAAGUAUUUUUAUAAGGUGGUUAAUAUUUUGGAACUAAUGGUAUUGCUGAUCUUCACGAUGUCAAUGUGCGAUGUGAAAUAGUUUUUUUUAUUAUUGAGGGUAGAUAUUCUUGUGUUAGAAACUUCCUACACUAACAAAAGACUUUUCUGUGAUCCAUCCAAGGUAAUAUCUGACCUAUGGGAAACCUCUAAAGCUUUCUAAAGUUUCUAAGUCACCAGAUUGAAUUAACCAUUGCAAAUUUGAAUUAUGAUACAAACAGAUGGCAUUUAAUAUUGUAGUUCCACCACAUGUAGUAUUUCAUUUUUGGAUCGUUUAAUUUGCUUGCAUUUGAAGAGUUGAGAAAUUAGAUUUCAACUGGAUUCCCAUAGAAAUCUUUGAUAUAAGGUCUUCAUGUGUGGAUACUCCCAUAGCAAACUAAACUGCUCAGUUUGUUAUUCCAAUUUAAAACCAUAAGACCAUAAGACAUUGGAAGAGAACUCGAUACAAUGCAGUAUUUGGCCCCUCGAGUCUGCUCUGCCAUUCCAUCAUGGCUGAUUUAUUAUCCCUCUCAGCCCCAUUCUCCUGUCUUCUCGCUGUGAUAUUUGACACCCCUGCUAAUCAAGAACCUAUCAAAAUCAGAAUCAGGUUUAAUAUCACCGACAUAUGUCAUGAAAUUUGUUGUUCAACAUCUGCUUUAACAAUACCCAAUGACUUGACUUCCGAAGCUGCAUGUGGCAAUGAAUUCCACAGAUACAUCACAUCUCUGUUCUAAAGGGACGUUCUUGUAUUCUGAGGCUAUGCCCUCGGAAUAUUUCCACAAUAGGAACAUUCUUCUCCGUCUGUCUAGGCCUUUCAGUAUUCGAUAGGUUUCAAUGAGAUGCCCCCUCAUUCUUCUAAACUCCAGCGAGUACAGGCUGCAAUCCUUCGAAUGCAACUCCUAUGUUAACCCUUUCAUUCCCGGAAUCAUUCUCGUGAACCUCCUCUACCAGCACAUAAAUUGCCCAAAACUGCUCAUAAUACUCCAAAAGCGGCCUGACCAAUACCACAGCAUUACACCCUUGCCUUUGUAUUCUAGUCCUCUUAUAUUUAUUAAUAUACUGUUCAUUGAACAGUAUCCAGAUUUCCAAAAGCUGAUUUUUAGGGGUUGUGGGGUGGAGAGGUGGGGAAACAAAUGCGGUUUCAUUUCAGUACUUCAGAAUCAAAAUAAUAUCAUUGGUAUAUGUUGAGAACUUUGUUGUUUUGCAUCAGUGGUACAGUGCAAUACAUUAUAUUAAAAAACUAUUAAUUACAAGAAGAAAAAUAUUAAAAAAAUAAACAAGUAGUGCAAAAAUAGAGCAAAAAAAAACAAUAGUGAGAACGACUCAGAACUGAUUCCACCAGUUUCCCAGCCCUAAUUUACAUCCCUGUAGGAGUUACAACUUAAAGCUUUUUCUUUCUAUCCCAUGUUUUGUAUAAUUUAUGGUGUUUGGGAUGGGGACAAAGGCAGCUGGAAAAGAUCCCAUGAUUCAAGAAUAGGAAUCCAAGUAACGCUUAACAAAGAUGCUUGAAUACAUGUAAAAGAAAAAUUAUAGUACUGCAGUUUGAACUCUUGAAAAAUUAUAUUUGUGAAAUAAGUUAGGGUAUAAAGGGAUCUAGAACAUAGAACAGUACGGCACGUGAACAAGCAGGUCAGCCCCUGAUGCUUUGCUGAGCCAAUUAAUGAUGUCUAGUUACAUUAAUCCCUUCUGCCCUCAAUACCCCUCCAUAUUAUUGUGCCUAUCUAAAAGCCCCUUAAAUGCCCCUAUCCAGGCACCCAUCAUCUCUGUGUGAAUAAACUUCUCUGGGUCAUCUCCUUUAAACUUAGCCCUUCUCUCAUGCCCUCUGCUAAUAAAGAUUCUUUUCCUAACGUGUAGGCAUUUGGAAUGUGGGAGGAAACCGGAGCACCUAGAGGAAACUCACGGGGUCACGGGGAAAAUGUACAAACUCACUGGCAGGAAUUGAACCCCUAUCUUACAGCUGGCUGCUGUAAAGAGAUAGCAUUAGAUGUCUCAACCUUCAGCCUUCAGAGUUCCAGAGAAAACAAUCAUAACUUGUCCAACUUCUCAUUACAGUACAUAAGACCACCAGACCAUAAGAUACUGGAGCAGAAAUAGACCAUUUGGCCCAUCGAGUCUGCUCUGCCAUUUCAUCAUGGCUGAUCCAUUUCCCUCUCAGCACCAAUCUCCCGCCUUCAUGCCCUGACUAGUCAAGAAUCUAUCAAUCUCUGCCUUUAAAGAUACAUAAAGACUUGGCCUCCACAGCCACCAGUGGCAAUGACCCACUGGUGAAUUAGUGCACAUGCCCUCUAAUCCAGAGAGCAUGGUGCUGAACCUCUUCUGCACCCUCUCCAAAGCCUCCACGUCCUUCCUAUAAUGGGGCGACCAGAACUGAACACAGUACUCCACAUGUGGCCUGACUAGAAUGUUAUAAAGCUGCAACAUAGCUUCUCCACACUUGAGCUCAGUGCCUUGACUCAUACAGUCAUUUUCAGGGAGCUGUGGACUUGGAUCCCAAGAGCCCUCCGUACAUCAGUAUUGUAUUUACUUUCCCAAGCCUUCUCUUGAGGCUUAUAAAAUGAAUGGAACCUCGAUGUGUUUCUCUAAAACAUCAAUGGAUAAGUGACUUUUGCAUUGUGGGAGUAGUGGGACCGCUCAUUAGACCAGUGUCAAUACCAAUCAGUUUCAGUCUAUUAACCAACAGACAUCGACCACACGUGCUAUAAUGAGAGGCUGGGCAAACUUGAGUUGUUUUCUCUGGAGUGGUGGAGGCUAAGGAGAGAUGUAUACAGAUUUAUAAGAUUAUGAGAGCAGACAGACAGUAUCUUUUUUUUUUACGGGAUCCAAAUGUCUAAUACCAGAGGGCAUAUAUUUAAGGUGAAAAGGAGAUGCGAGAGGCAAGUAUUUUUACACGGAGAUUAGCAGGUGCCUGGAAUGCGCUGCUUGGGCUGGUGAUAGAGGCUGAAAUAUGGGGGACAUUUAAAUAGUCACAUGUAUGUGAUGGAAAUGGAAAGAUGUGGACACUGUAGUCAGAAGGGAUUAGUUUAUACGGCCUUUGAUUAUUAAUUUAUUUGGUUCAGCAUAACACUGUGGGCCCAAGGGCCUGUUCCUGUGUUGUACUGUUCUAUGUUCACACUUUCCAGCGAUCACAACAUUUCCAACUGAACUUUCCCCUUCCUAAUCAAUAUACAGUAAGCUGAAACUUUAUGUUUCUUCGCUCUAAUCAGCCAGUUGCAAACAUUAUAUAAUAGAUUUGGCAGAUGAUGAUUUGCUUAAUUCAUUAAAUUUCUGCUUCUGAGCUUUUGGGAAAGGAUUUCAUAGCCUUUAAUGUCUUUAUUGUGCAUUAAUACAUCUCCUGCAAAGUCAAAGUAAAUUUAUUAAUUAUGUAUAUACACAUCAACAUAUCAUGACUUGAGAUUCAUUAUCUCACAGGCAUUUACAAGAAAAUAAGGAAAUACAAUAGAAUUUAUGAAAACUAUACAAAGGCUGACAAAUAGACAAUGUGCAAAAGAAAACAAAUUGCAAAUUAUUGUGAUAACCCAUCGGAUCAAUUCCGUUGCUCUCUCAGGUAUAACAUCAAGAAAACAUGCUUUUUGAAAAGCUCAUUAUCAAAAUAUCAUCCUUACCAUCUUAAUUUGAAGUAAAUGCUCCCUUUAGGUUGAAAUUUGGAUUCUAAUCGGAAAUGAGCAAAGGGAUUAGAGAGCAUCACAGCUAUAACAGGGUUUAUAACAAUACUCUCAUCAUGGUCAUAGAGUAUUACAGCAGAAAAACUUGCUGAACUAUUAUUCUGCCUAGUCCCAUUGACCUGCACCUAAACUCCCUCCCCUCCAUGUACUUAUCCAAACUUCUCUUAAAUGUCGAAAUCGGUCCACAUCCACCACUUGCACCACCACCCUCUGAGUGAAGAAGUCCCACCUCAGGUUCCCCUUAAACAUUUCACCUUUCACCCUUAACCCAUGAACUCUAGUUCCAAUCUCCCCCAACCUCAGUGGGAAAAGCUGCUUCCAUUUACUCCUCAUAACUUUGUAUAUCUCUAUCAAAUCAAAUCUCUGCUCAUUUUCAUAUAAUCUAGGCAAUAAUGUCCUCAGGGUGAUCCGGUUUCCUCGCAAAAUCCAAAGACUUACUGGUUGGUAGCUUAAUUGGUCAUUGUAAGUUGUCCCGUGGUUAGGCUAGGGUUAAAUCGGGGGGCGCUGGGCGGCGUGGCUAAAAGUCCUGGAAGGGCCUACUCCACAUGGUAUCUCAAUAAAUAAAUAGGUAAACUCAAACAUAGAAGUAUAAGUAUUAGUCUGCAUGCACUAGAAUCUGAAUAUUUACACCCUAUUCUAAGUAACAUUAAUAGUAAAUUAAUGCCACAUGCUGCUGUGGAGGCCAGGUCGUUGAGUGUAUUUAAGGCGGAGAUUGAUAGGCCGAGAACUGGGGUUGAGGAGGAGAAAAAAAAAAGGAUCAGCCAUGAUUGAAUGGCGGAGCAGACUCGAUGGGCUAGAUGGCCUAAUUCUGCUCCUAUGUCUUAUGGUCUAAAUUAGGAUUAAUGCUUUAUUUUAAUAUUAAUUAACUCUUUAUUUGAAUUUGGGCUCUUAUGUAGUUGCUUAAAAUCAACUUACAGAUUUUUGAAGACUUGUGAACUAAAAUAGGCUGAGGUCAUCAAUUGCUCAUAUGCAGGUUCAUGAAGUAAAAUAAUUCCUUAGCCUAGAGAAUAAAGUCCUAACCUAUUUAAACAUUCCCUAUAACUCAGGUCCUCAAGUCCUGGCAACAUCCUUGUAAAUUUUCUCUGUAUGCUUUCAAUCUUAUUGAGAUCUUUCCUGUAGGUAGGUGACCAGAGCUGUACACAGUACUCCAAAUUAGGCCUGACUAAUGUCUCAUACAACUCCUGGACUGAGUAUUUAUAUAUAUCUACAGGAGGAACUGCCUCGAGAAAGCAAAAUCCAUCUUCACUAAUAACGUGGCCAUGAAUGUAUGUUCAUGGUCUUCUGCUGCUGUAGCCCAUCCACUUCAAGGAUCGAUGUGUUCUGUGUUUAGAGAUGCUCUUCUGCGCAAACUGGUGUAAUGUGGCAUUUUUUGAGUUCUUGUUGCCCUCCUGUCAGCUUGAACCAGUCUGCUUAUCCUCCUCUGACCUUUCUCAUUAACAAGGCAUUUUCGCCCCACACAUUUAUCAUUAUUCGCACCAUUCUCUAUAAACUCUAGAAACCGUUGCGUGUGAAAAUCCCAGAAGAUCAGCAGCUGCUGAGGUACUCAAACCAGCCUGCCUGUAAGCGACAAUCAUUCACGGUCAAAAUCACAUUACUUCACCAUUCUGAUGUUCGGUCUGAACAACAACUGAACCUCUUGACCAUGCCUACGUGCUUUUACAUAUUGUGUUGCUGCCACAUGACUGGCCGAUUAGAUAUUUGCAUUAAUGAGCAGAUAUACAGGUGCUCCUAAUAAAAUAGCCUCUGAGUGCACCAUAUACACUGGAGAAUAGGAUGAGUAGCAUCUUCCUCCACUAAUGAUGUCAUGAUCUAAGUUUAUUGCCAGCUGAAAUCAGAAUCAGGUUUACUGUCACCGACAUACAUCGUGAAAUAUGUUGUUUUGUGGCAGCAAUACAUUGAAAUGCCUAAAAUGUAGUAUAAAUUACAAUAAAUAUAUAAAUAAUGCUCUGAAGGUAACUGGAUAGUGUUCAGCUACAUAACAAACCUCUAAAAAGUCCUUUUCAGGUAGAAUGCUGUUCUGAAAGCAUGUGACAUUCUUUGAUUUCUUUUUGGACCAGAUCCCUUAACUUAUGCACUGUAUAUUUUAUAGUAUCUGUUAAUUAGAAUAACAUUGAAAUUUAUGACCUUGCACACCUUCAACCUGCAGUUCUUGGUAUACAAGGUCGUAAAAUUCAAUGUUAUUCAAUGUGACUGCCCUAACUUGGCAUUUGCUAUUGUCACUCUCAAUAUGGUAGUGUAUUGGUUAGCACAACGCUUUACAACCCAGGUUCAGUUCCUACCACUGUCUGUAAGGCCUGUUUCCUCCAGGUGCUCCGGUUACCUCCCAGAGUCCAAAAGUCUACCAAAUGGUAGAUUAAUUGAUCUUUGUAAGUUGUCCCGUCAUUAGGUUAGAGUUAAAUGGAGAGGAGAUUGCUGGGCGGCGUGGUUCAACGGCCAGAAGGGCCUAUUCCAUUCUGUACCUCAAUCAAUCAAUAGAUAAAUAAACUCAAACACGUUAGUAUAAGGUCUCUGCUUACACUAAUAUCAGAAUAUUCCCGCCCAUUCUAAGUAACAGUAAUAAUAAAUUAGGAUUAAAGAUUCAUUUUACUCUUAAGUAAUUCUUUAUUUGAAUUUGGGCUCUUAAAUAGUUCCGUAAAAUUAAUUCAUAAAUUUUUGCAAACUUGUGAACUAAAAUAGGCAGAGGAUUUAAGACGAUUAAUUGCUCAUAUGUAAGGUUCAUGAAGUAAAAUAAUUACUUAACCUAGGAGUUCCCAAACCUUUUUAUGCCAAGGACCCCAGGUUGUGAUCCCCUGCCUUAGCCUGACACCCAUGAUAUGUGUUCAGUUUAAAAUCCUGCCAUUUCCAUGCAAUCUCACCUUCAAAAUUCCUACUGUGUCACAUCUCUGCUUAGGCAGAAAUAUUCUGAGCAUUAAGAGAUUACAGUAAGUCCCACAGCAAGCUGUUAGAUCACCUGAAAUAUCUGCCUAAAAUGGGAUCAAAGUCAAAGUGAAGGUAAAUGUGGGUAUUGUAUGUUGGUGCCAGGGAGUGUGGUGAUGCUUGCAGGCUGCACCCAGCGUAUGCUUAAGUGUGCUGGCUGUUAACACACCCAAAGGUGCGCUGAGAUGAGGAGGAAUUUCAUUAGCCAGAGACUGGUGAAUCUGCGGAAUUCGUUGCCACAGAUGACCGUGGAGGCCAAGUCAUCAGGUAUAUUUAAAGUGUAGGUAGAUAGGUUCUUAAUUUGUCAGGGUGUGAAAGGUUACGGGGAGAAGGCAGGAGAGGGAAAUGGAUCAGCCAUGAUAGGCUGAUGGCCUGAUUCUGUUCCUAUACAUUAUGGUCUUGACAAAAACAAUUCAUUUCACUGUAUGUUUUGAAGUACAUGUGAUAAAUGGAUCUUGAAUCUUGAAUUUAUCAUCAGGUAUGUAUGUCACCAUACACAGUACUGCCUUGAGAUUCAAUUUCCAACAGACAUUUAAUAGAAUCAGUGGAAAACUACACACAAAACCUAACAAGCAACCAACUUGCAAAAAAAAGACUAAUUGUGCAAAUAAUAAUAAAACAAAAAAAAAAGCAGUGAGAGUAUGAGUUGCCCAGUCGUUGAAAGCGAGUCUGUAGGUUUGUGGCGUCAGUUCAGCAUUGAGGUGAGAAGCAUUGAGGUGGCCCAAUCCCAGUUUCCUGAUGAACUUAUGGUGCUGAAAUUCUUUUUCUUCCACCCCAGUAUGUUCCCUUGGAUGUUGAACACAGAUUUAACUGUAAACAUGUCUUUCUAUAUUUGUCGCACUAUAUGCGUAAGAUAAACGUAUUUGUAAAUUUAUCUGGUAACAAGAGUUUGAAUAACCAACACAAUCAAUGUAUUUUUAGAUGGAUAGUUGGAUGUACUUUUAAUUUUUGUUUUUUUUUAUAAUCUUUUUUAUUUGAAUAAUAAUAGCAAAUAAAGAAAAUUGUAUGAAAGUAUUUAUACAGCUUCAAUAAAGAGUGUUGUGUAAAUACUG